CGGGUGGUGUAGGUAAAAGUGCACUUACCAUACAACUCAUUCAGAAUCACUUUGUUGAAGAAUAUGAUCCAACAAUUGAGGAUUCCUACAGAAAGCAGGUGGUCAUCGAUGGAGAGACUUGCCUCCUUGAUAUUCUAGACACAGCUGGUCAGGAAGAGUAUAGAGAUCAGUACAUGCGAACUGGUGAAGGAUUUCUCUGUGUGUUUGCUGUCAACAAUUCUAUUAAGCGAGUCAAGGAUGCAGAUGAAGUGCCCAUGGUUUUGGUAGGAAAUAAAGUAGACCUUCCCACAAGAACUGUAGAGCAGCGACAAGGGAAACACGUGGCAGAAGUCUAUCAUAUACCUUACGUUGAAACCUCCGCCAAGACUAGACAAGGGGUGGAUGAUGCUUUCUACACACUUGUCCGAGAGAUCCGCAAAUAUAAAGAGAAGAAGGGCAAGGAUCGCAAGAAACGGAAAAUGGUAGGAAAGGGAGGCAAGCUGUCUUGUAGGCUGUUGUAA